AUGGGAAAAGAAAGUUUUAUCUUUACUGAUGGUAAAAUGAAUGAUGGAUGGCAUAUUGAUACUGAAUACUUGUCGCCUACAUUAGUUUUUAUUAAUGACACUAGUUAUUACAAAGGAAAUAUUAAAAAAAAUGUUCAAUUUAUUAAUGAAAAACCAAUAAAUACUCAAUUAAAAACUAUUCAAUUUGUCUUGUACUAUGAAAGUACAAAUACAAGUGAAGUACCAAUUAUAAUUACUGUUAAAGGUAAUACUUUAAAAACUGGUAGACGUACACACACUUCACAAAUUAAAGUAAUUCCAAAUACUGAAAAUAAUGUAGUUGUUCCAAUUACUAGUUCAUCUAUUCAAAAUAUAACAAUUUCAGUAAAUGAAGAUGUAGCUAAGGGGGAUUUUGUUGCUUAUGUUGGAGAUGUUAAAUUAUCAGAUUCAACUACCUAUGUUCCUGUUAGGCUUGCAGAAGCAUCAGUAUCAACCCAAAGUGAUAAUGGUCAAUUAAUUAUUUUCAAUCCAAUUGAAUGGAAGUGUGACAAUGGAAUAUCAGGUAUACUUGUUUUAUCCAUUUUUACAAUUUUGAUGGUUCUUCUUUAA